UUUCAGCUCUGUUUGUUUUCACAUAGUUAGAGCGGGAUAUUGUAAUGCUAAUUGUUAACCAAAGGCUAUUAUAAAAUUAGGGAAAAGACCUUGGUGUGUAGACCUACAGAAGCUGUUUAUACAACUGAACCAUAAAGGAUUGUCCAGACAGAGUGACUUAUCAGGAUGCCACUGCACUGUCGAGCCAUCCACGUGUUUCUGUUCUUAUGUGCUCUUUCCUUGUGUGUGGAUUUUGUAAGAGGUGGCACCAGCUUCCUCAGCCCUGCUCAAAAACCACAGGGUCGAGGAGAUCGAAGGCCACCACGGGUGGGCAGAAGGGAUGCUGCUGAGCCUGAGAUCCCAGUGCUGAAGGAGGGUGAUCAAUUCAUGGUGAGUGCUCCAUUUGAACUGGCCAUGUCUCUGAGUGAAGCCGAGUACAAAGCAUACGGUCCUGUGCUGCAGAAAGUUCUGGUGAACUUUCUUAGUCAUUCUCCUGUUGAAUGAAUAGAGCUCCCAGUCCUGCACAAGUGAUAUACUAAUAAACCAAUGACAAGACUUCCAAUUUACACAUUAUGAUAUGUAAUUAUUUACCAGCACAGUGAUUUAAUAAAUAAAUGAUUAAGCUCAUCACGAAUAA